AUGGCGAACCACGGUGUCAAGCCCGUGGCGCAGCUCCUGGCUCAGAUCCAGAGCAACACCAGCGAGUAUCUCGCCUUCUUCUCGGCCCAGGGCCUCCCCGAGCCCUCGUUCGGGGCCGGCGAUGGGCUCAAGCAGGGUCAGCCGUUGCCCGCGAGCGUGCAGGCGGCACGGGACGCGGCUCUCGAGGCCACUGACGAGCUGCACCACCUGCUCCUCGGCCCGCUCGCCCUCGUCGUUGACUGCCCCGGCGACCAUUACCUCAUGCUGAGCCUGCAGUACAUCUUCCGCCACAAGCUCGUGCGGCAUGUGCCCCUCGAAGGCGCGACGACCUUUGAUGCUGUUGCGCAGGCGGCGGGCCUCGACGUGCGCGAUGUCACGCGCUUCCUCCGCUCCGCCAUGACCCGACACGUCUUCCACGAGCGGCGCAAGGGCAGCGUGGAGCACACGGCGGCGUCGCGGGUGCUCGUCGACGACGACAGCAACGGGCACAGCGCCGCCAUGGUCGAAGCCGCUGGCCCGGCAGCGAGGAGCCCGGCGAGUCCCGCGGGCUACGCGCUCGGCCACGGUACGAGGCGCGACGAGAACCCGUUUGACGCGAUCUGGCGGGACGCGGCGCGGCAGCAGCGCUUCAUCGACGCCAUGACGUACUCACACCGGCACGCGAGCUACAGCGUCGAGCACCUGCUGCAGGGCUUCGACUUCAGCGGCGCGCGCACCGUCGUCGACGUCGGCGGCUCGCACGGACAGGCGGCCGUGGCGCUGGCGGCCAAGUACCCGUCGCUGGAGCGCAUCGUGGUGCAGGACCUGGGCGAGACCAUCGUCGGGCUCAACGACAAGGUGCCCGGCGAGCUGCGCGCGCGGGUCCACGGCAUGGCGCACGACUUUCUCGCGCCGCAGCCGGUGCGGGAUGCCGACGUGUACCUGCUGCGCUGGAUCCUGCACGACUGGAGCGACAAGUACUGCGUCAAGAUCCUGCGGGCCUUGGUGCCCGCGCUGAAGCCGGGGGCCAAGGUCGUGGUCAACGACAUUUGCAUGCCCGAGCCGGGCCAGCUGGGCAUCGCGGCGGAGCGGUCGCUGCGGCUGAUGGACAUUUCCAUGAAGGCCUUCAACAACGCGAGGGAGCGCGACGCCGAGACGUGGGCGGGCCUGUUUGCCGAGGCGGAUGCGAGGUUUGAGUUUGUGGGCAUCACGGUGCCCGAGGGGGCGAGCAUGGCCAUCAUUCAGGCGCAGUGGAGGCCGACAGCGGCGAGCGUAGGGGACACUGAGGGCAAUCUAGGAAGGUAG